AUGCCCAGCCUGGUCCCUAAAGUCCAGAAGACAGCCUUGGUCUUGCUGCUGGGUGUCUCUGGUGGCCUUUGGGGGCUGGGGAAGCCAUCGCACCACACUCUCUGAUGACUGGUGCUUCACCUGGCCUCCCUGCAGCUGGACCUGCUGCUCAAGGGGGUCUGCCAUCUGGUCAAGGAGCUGUGGCACGUCCGCUCCAGGUGGCUCCCUAUGGGGCACCCAUGGUACCAGGGCAUCUACUGGAGGGCUGCACAGGCCUGCCUGGGAGCCCUGCUGCUGCCACCUGCUAGUUCUAUUGUCCCUUCGCAAACAUGGCUGCCUGCCCGUCACUUGGAUGCUUGCCCUCCUGGGCCUUCAGGUAUGGUGCAGAGGGAGGUGGAGGCUGUGGCUAGUGGGACCUGCUCUGAGCUCAGUACUGGGAGGGCUCUGGUUGUUCUACCUGGAGGCCCCCAGCCCCACCCUGCUGUCCAGGGUCCGGCCCCAGCUGAGGUCUCCAAAGUCUGCGAAAGGAACUUCAGCGUGGCCCACGGGCUGGCAUGGUCAUAUUACAUCAGGUUCCUGCAGAUGAUCCUGCCGGGGCUCCAGGCUCAGAUGCAAACUUAAAAUAGUCUCCCCCAAAACAUGCUGUGGGUGCAAGGAGCCAUUGGUGCAAUUCUCGUCCCACUGCACUGUGGGGUACCUGACGAUCUGAGUGUGGCUGGCCUCAACAUUUGUUUCCUGCAUGAGAUGCCCCAGCAAAGCUUCGGCCGUGCUGGCAUCAUGGUAGUUUACAGCAAUAGCAUCUAUGAGCUUCUGAGACCAGGUAGCUGCAAUAGCCUGUGUCCUGGAGUGUGCCACCCCUGGCAGACCCUGUUGGCCAUGUCACAGGGUGGCCAGGCCGGCUUUAGUUAGCCGGAUCAGCUUGAGCAGGCCAAACUCUUCUACCGGACAUUUGAAGACAUGCUGGCAGAUGCCCCUGAGUCUUGGAACAGCUGCCACCUCGUCUACCAGGAAGAGGGAAGCAGCUUCUCCCUGUCACUGGAGACCCUCCAGCACCUGUGGCAGGAGGACGGGGAGGUCCCUGUGGGCAGCGUGGAGACCUCGGUAGUGCCCGGUUCCGCCGUGUUGUCCCAAGAGCCAUAGCUCAUCAGUAGCAUGGGACAGCCUCUCCCGCUCUGCAGAGAUGUCUUCUGAGGCCCAGGGUCCCCUAGCUGAGCCCCCACCAACCCCUAAGACUGUGGAUGGGGGGGGUUCUUCAGCAGCUAGAUUCCCAGCAGAGCCAUUCCCACCCAAAGGAGGCCUCACAGCAAAGGUCUCUGGACUUGACACCUCAAGAUGAGCCCUGUAACCUUCAGCAAACUGUCUCCCUUCUCUGAGUCUCAGUGUUCUCAUCUGUGAAAGAGGGUUAUAGUCAUCGAGGGUUGUUGUGAGGACAAGACUGUGUGGAAGUUUACCUAAGUGCCAGGAAAAUUUAAGGAUCACGUCAGGGGUCUUCCGUGGCCUCUCUGGACCUAUUCUCCACCACCCCUCUCCACCUCCUUUGCCCUAGGAUGGCAUCAACAGGCUCCCCAGCCCUCUGCCCUCUGGCUUUCUGUUCAAGUUCCUCACUGGGGAGCCCUAGUGGGAGAAUGGAGGGAAGGAAGAGGGUGAGGUUGGGGUGUUUGCUCCCCCAGCUCCCUCCCUGCAGUAUCGAGGUCACUGGGGGCUCUCUGCAUCUCUCCAUCUUCACUCAUGGCUCUGGGACCUUCUCAGAACCCUGUCU